GUUUUUAUAUGCUAUGCGACAACCCUAGUCUGAUCUGCUUUAAGUUUUGUUUAUAACAAAUCAAGUGAACACAAUGCGCGAUGAAAUUUUGGAUCCUAACAAUCUGGUCAAGAACCGGGAGAUCCUGUAUCGACUGAUGAUAAGCCAGCUGAUGUACGAUGGCUUGGAGAAGUUUGCGAUGGAGCUGUCGAUGCUGGUCAAGGCGGAUCAGUGUGCGCCGAGCGAGCGCCUGCUGCAUGUGAUGAUAUCCGGCAUGCAGACAUUGUCCGACAAGGAGAAACUCAAUUCGGACGACGUCCUCCCUGGCAUAGAUCUCGAGUUUGAGCCCGAAGCCUCCGCACUGGCGCCAGAGCCGCACUCGUAUGAAACGGCCUAUGUGACGUCCCACAAGCAGGCCUGCCGUGCCGGCGCCUUCAGUUACGACGGCUCGCUGGUGGCAACCGGCAGUGUGGAUGCCAGCAUCAAGAUUUUGGAUGUGGAACGUAUGCUGGCCAAGUCGGCGCCAGACGAGUGUGAACCCGGUCGCGAGCAGCAGGGUCAUCCGGUUAUACGCACCCUGUAUGACCACACCGAUGAGGUGUCCUAUCUGGAGUUCCAUCCCAAGGAGCACAUUCUGGCGUCGGCAUCGCGCGACGGCACCGUCAAGUUGUUCGACAUUGCCAAGCCCUCGGUGAAGAAGGCCCACAAAGUCUUUACCGACUGCGAGCCUGUGUUGUGUCUCUCGUUCCAUCCCACUGGCGACUACAUAGCCAUCGGCACGGAGCACAACGUUCUGCGUGUGUACGAUGUGCACACCACGCAGUGUUUCGUCAGCGCCAUUCCCUCGCAGCAGCACAAGGCCGGGGUGACGUGUGUAAAGUACUCGCCCACAGCCAAACUAUAUGCAACGGGCAGCUAUGAUGGCGACAUAAAGGUCUGGGAUGGCAUCAGCGGACGUUGCAUCAAUACCAUAGCAGAGGCCCAUGGCGGCGCGGCCAUUUGCUCGCUGCAGUUCACACGAAACGGCAAGUAUCUACUAUCGUCGGGCAUGGACUCGCUUGUCUACCUGUGGGAGCUCUGCACCAGUCGACCCAUACAAACGUACACGGGCGCCGGCACCACCGGCAAGCAGGAGAACCAGACCGAGGCUGUCUUUAACCACACCGAGGACUAUGUGCUCUUUCCCGACGAGGCGACAACAUCGCUGUGCUCCUGGAACUCUCGUAAUGGCUGUCGACUUACGCUCAACUCGUUGGGCCACAACGGACCUGUACGCUACAUCACCCACUCGCCCAAUUCCCCUGCGUUCCUCACCUGCUCCGAUGACUUUCGUGCACGUUUCUGGUAUCGUAGGGCAACCAAUCAAUAAAUUGUAUAGAAGCAGCAAAAGAAUAAAGUAUUUAGGAAUGAAAAG